AGCAGAGUUUCCAGAUUAAACUCUUACAAAUAUUCUCCCCUCACAAGUUAUAAACAACUUUAUUCGCAUCCCCAAGUUCGCCAUGGGAAUAGGACGUGUUCUUGUCAUCGCCGGUUCUGAUAGUUCCGGUGGAGCGUUAGUACUCCGCAAUCUUCUUCUCCUGCACGUUUGCUCCGCCACAGAUCUAGACUGACGGUUGGUUAUUCUUUUCAGCGGACUCGAAGCAGAUCAAAAGGUAAUAGCGGCACAUGGGUGCUAUGCUAUGACUGCUACGACAGCCUUGACGGCUCAAAAUACUCAAGGUGUUGAGGAUAUUCAUUUUGUUCCUGCAGAGUUUGUUGGAAAGUUGAUUGAUGUGACGAUUGGGGAUAUGGGGGUCGAUGUAGUGAAGACUGGUAAUUAAUCUAUUUUUACAUCUCACCUAGAGAAAGCGAUGACUAUGAUCAUAAGUAUUCUAGAGGCUAACGGUAUGUUGAAGGUAUGUUAGCUUCCGCAGAAACAGUAGAAGUGGUGGCGAAAGCAUUAAAAAGACAUCACGUGAAGACUUUGAUUGUUGAUCCUGUGCGUUAAUUUUCCUUAAAAGAUAUAAAUUGAUCUGAUUUUCGAAAGGUGAUGAUCUCUACAAGUGGAACGCAACUUCUUCCUUCUAUAGCAAUCCGUCAUCUACGGGAACUGCUGUUGCCCUACACCACUGUACUCACACCCAAUGUGCCUGAAGCGAAACUACUCCUUUCUGAUGCUGGCAAGUUUUUCGAAGAACCAAAGAAUUUGGAUGACUUAAAAAACAUAGCGAAGGAGGUGCAAUCAUUAGGGCCGAGAUAUGUAUUGGUGAAAGGAGGCCAUCUGCCUUUACGGAAAGAUGGGACAGUGGCGACGAAGGAAGAGGAAAAGGAACUCAUGGUUGAUAUUUUGUACGGAGAAGGAGUCAUCACAGAGUUCCGGACUAAAUAUCAAAACUCGCGAAACACCCAUGGAACGGGAUGCUCGAUGGCAUGUGAGUUUGUUUUUGUGUCACUUGGUGAAGCAGAAGCUAAGUAAAGGUAGCCGCUAUUGCUUCCAACAUUGCCAAAGGAAUACCCCUGGUACAGGCCGUGAGGAGUGCUUGUUGGUAUGUUGAGGCAGGAAUACGAACAGCGCCUGACUUUGGGAACGGUAAUGGUCCGAUCAAUCAUUUCCAUUCAACUUAUACUCUACCUUUCGCUCCGUAAGUUUUCUACUGGCGAUAUCAAGCGCCUGAGCUGAUCUUCGCAGGGGUCACUUCAUAGAAUAUCUUCUGGAAAGACCGGAUGUCAAAGGAGCUUGGCGUGAUCAUACUGAGCAUGCGUUUGUUGCUGGGAUUGGGGAUGGAACCUUGCCAAUGGAGUCAUUCAAGUACUAUCUCAUUCAAGAUUAUCUUUAUCUUGUUCGUAUGGGUUUUCAAAUAUUCAUAGAUUAGGUCUAACAUCUCAUAGGUGCAAUUUGCCAGAGCUACUGCUUUAGCUUCAUAUAAAGCCAAAACUAUGGAAGGCAUUGCUGCAGUAUGAUACAGACCCUUGCCGGAGACGUUGUGUGCUGAUUCUUAGUCAAGUCUGCAGGUAUCGUACUUCAUAUUCAUCGCGAGAUGGCUUUACACAUCAAUUAUUGUGAGGGUUUCGGCAUGACGAAAGCAGAGAUAGAAGCAUGCGAGGAGAGUCAAGGUAAGCUCCCCAGUAUCGACAGAUCGAGUUGAUGUUGACAGCAUCGAAAUAGCAUGCACAGCAUACACCAGGUACAUGUCUUUCCCCAUGGUUAUCCACAUAAUACUGAAAAUGAUAGGUACGUCCUCGAUAUCGGACAAUCUGAAGACUGGUUGGCUCUUCAGAUAUCCAUGGCGCCUUGUCUUAUCGGCUAUGGAGAGAUAGCCAAACGACUCCAUGCAGACCCGAAGACAAAGCGAGAAGGGAAUAUUUAUUGGAAAUGGAUAGAAAAUUAUGUAGCAGAUGAUUAUACGGCAGCAGUGAAAGACGGAUCAGGUAAUUGAUAUGAUAGCCCUAUAGCUCAUGGGAUUGGACAGAAUUAACGAUUUGGGCAGCUUUGCUUGAGAAACAUGCUGUCUUGCAGUCACCCAACAGGAUAGAGGAACUGGUCAAGAUAUUCAUUCAUGCAACAAAGGUACGUACAUAUCUCUCCCUCUCUGGCUAUCAUUUUGUAAAAUCAAUCGGGAAAGUCCACACUUUCACAACUUUCCUUGCGUCUAUUUCCGUCGAGUGAUGUUGUAUCAAACAUAGACAUAUGGGGGGAUAGGCGAUAAAGAGAUCUUUAUUACGGAGUAGUCGGUAGAAACGAAACAUAUCUUUGGAAAAACAUUUGCUAAUUAACUACCUUGCUAGAUGGAGACAGGAUUUUGGGACAUGGGUGGCGGUGGAGGAAGAGUAUAGAUUUUUCGAGGUACAGUAUCGGGACCGCAGUAAUAGCAAGUGCGGAUGGGAGUAGGGUAGUCAAUUCAAAAAGUUUUCAAACGUGGAUGUACCUACGAAGUGGAAAAUGGAGAGAGAAAGAAAAAAUUGCAAUCAGGGAUUUAUAAGCAUUUCUGAAACAAUUCUAUCCUUUUGAUUGGCUCGAGAAAAAGAAAAAAAUUG